AUGGAAGAGUUACGAAAAACUAUCCUUCAUUACGGGAAAAAGAAAGACAUUAAUCAACUUUUGAAACAUUUAACUAGGGAAAAAAUUAACAACGAAUUAUACGAUCAAAUGAUACAGUUGUAUAAGGAGAGAAUUCAAGCAAGUAAUGACGCCCAUUCUCAUUUCGAAUUAGGUUAUAUCUAUCAGUUUGGUUUAGGAAGAGUUUCAAAAGAUUUCAAUCAAGCAUUUAUCCAUUAUAGUCAAGCAGCUAAAUUAAAUCAUCCAUCAGCCCAAUAUCAUAUUUGUCAACUAUGUUGCAGUCGGGAUGAGGCCAAUCAUGGUCAAUAUGCUUGUGUUAUGGAUAAAAGGGAAUUAAUCGAAUUGCGAGUACGAAUGUAUAUCACAUCGGCUGCACAAGGCGAAGCUUAUUCUGACGCCGAUCGCUGCUUAUGGUCAAAUUAUAGCAAACUUCCAGAAUGGCGUCAACAAAUCCAUUCCUACUAUAGUGCACUAUGUCGCCAAUCGGAUUUAAUAUUGCAUCAGAGAGCAAGCAGUUACUAUGAUGAUAAUCAAUAUGAUUUUGAGAAAGUCGAUUGUAGCCCACAACAGUAUUAUGGAAGAAUCUACAAUCAGUUAGGUUAUCUAACAUUUAAGUUCAAUUAUUAUAACAAGAAAAAUGAUGAUGAGUACACACGAGCACGAGAAUAUUUUGAAAAAGCUGGCGAUCAUGAAGAACCUUCUGGCUAUUUCAAUUUAUCACGAUGGAUUUAUAACGUAAAACAAGGCAUUCAACAAGACAGAAUUUUACAUAAGCGUUAUUUACUUUUAGCAGCUAAAAAUGGCCAUGCGUUAGCUCAACAUGAUGUUGUCACAUUAUGCGAUGAUAGCGAUAUAAAUGAUAUAAUAAAUCGUUUUGAAAUGUUACAAAAAUCCUUCCGCUAUAGCUUUGCUAGAACAUGUUAUGAUUUAGCUGUUGCCUACUUGUGCGGCUAUAGCGUUGAACGUGAUUAUGAUAUUGCUAUCAGUUAUUUAAAUCGAGCUAUCGUUUCUCGAGAUUUCCGUAUGGGAGAUGGAUUAGCUAAAGCAUCGAUUGCAUUAGCUUUAAUAUAUAAAAAUGGUAUUGGAUGCCAUGUUAACAUGGUCAAGGCUUGCCAUUAUCUAGCUUAUGCCACACAACACUAUGAAGAGCCACUUUUUUACUGUCAAAUUGGAAAAUUAAUAAAAAAAAUAACACAUCGUAAAGAUAUUGCAGCCAAGCUGUAUAAGCAAGCGAUGCCUUGCCCUUAUGCUUAUUACUUGAUGGGUAAAUUAUAUCACAAAGAAUCCAAAAAACGAUUAUUUCAAAUCAACAAAACUAACAAAUAUUUUCAACUUGCUCUCGAUAAUCACAGCGUCUAUGUAUUACAGCAUUAUCAUCUUGGAAUUAUUUAUCAAUUCGGUUUAGGAACAGAAACUAAUCGACGUCGAGCUGAUCGUCACUUUAAAAAUCAGAUACAGUCAGCAAGUGAAUCAUUAGAUUAUUACAUGGUCUAUUUAGGGCAAAAAGCCGAUGAACAUUAUGGUGUUCGCAGUCUUGUGAUGGUAGUACCAGCUCCUGACGUUAAUGAAGUGACAGUCACAGAAUCAUAUGAAGAUAAAAAAGAAGAAGUUAAUAUGGAUGAAUUAAUGUUAUGA